AUGAGUCAACAGGGUUACGUAGCUGCACCUCCCUACUCACAGGCCCAGCCGGGUAUGGGGGGCUACCAAGGUGGUUUUGGAGCUGGUUCUGCACAGCCCCUCUAUGGACACUAUGGAGGGCCCCCUCAGGCAUUCAGUGCUCCACCAACAGGUAUGAUGAAAUCUCCAGUUUCGUCAUCUGCGGGAAUGCCACCACCUCCAAUGUCCAGUCAGUACAGUCCAAAUAUCCAACAGAAUGGUGCUCAUCCACAAAGGUACCCUGCACCGCCAGCUGUGUCCAUAUCCUAUGGUCAGCCUCCACACUCGCCGUAUAACAACAUGGCCACAUCUGGACCUCCACAAGCAGAGCAGCUCGCCAGUCAGAUGACUGCUAUGAACUUCGGCAGCUAUGCCCCAGGUUCCAUGCAAAGCCCCCCUCCUCCAACAAGCCCAGUGGCCCAGCCACCUUUCCACACACAACCUCCUCAAGCAGUGAGACAGCCUCCAGGCCCACAGUCUCCCCAUAUGUCCUCCGAAAUGUCUCCACCACAGUCACCCCCAGCAAGCCUGAUGAUGGGAGGCCCUCCAAUGGCGGGCCCACCGAUGGGAGGCCAGUCAAUGGCAGGGCCUCCAAUGGCAGGCCAGUCAAUGGCAGGGCCUCCAAUGGCAGGCCAACCCAUGGCAGUCAUGGGACGACCUCCAGGUCCGGGGGGUUUUCAGCAGCCUGGUCCUGGCCCUGCUGGUUCUCCAGGAUAUCCACAGCAAGCAGGUCAGUUUGGGGGACACAUGGCUGGACCACAGCAAGGCAUGCCAGGGGCUUUCCCAGGAGUAGCCGGUGCACUGGCUGGUCCACCUCAGAAGAAACUGGACCCUGACUCUAUUCCAAGCACAACCCAAGUAAUUGAAGAUGACAAAGCCAAGCAAGGGGGCCAGGUCUACAGCACAAACAUACGAGGACAGGUCCCGCCUCUGGUCACCACAGACUUCACAGUUCAGGAUCAAGGGAAUGCCAGUCCCAGGUUCAUACGCUGCACCACUUACUCACUACCGUGCACCACUGAGCUGGCCAAACAGUGCCAAGUCCCUCUGGCUUCCAUCAUUAAACCCUUUGCCAAUUUGCCAAAAAAUGAGACUCCUCUGUAUGUGGUAAAUCAUGGUGAGACGGGUCCGAUCCGCUGCAAUCGAUGCAAGGCCUACAUGUGUCCUUACAUGCAGUUCAUUGAUGGUGGUCGUCGCUACCAAUGUGGAUUCUGCAACUGUGUCAAUGAAGUGCCCGUCUUUUACUUUCAACACCUCGACCACAUGGGCCGGAGGGUGGACUUCUAUGAGAAGCCUGAACUCUCUCUGGGAUCGUAUGAGUUUGUUGCCACUCUUGACUACUGCAAGAACAACAAACCUCCAAAUCCGCCUGCUUUCAUUUUUAUGAUUGAUGUGUCCUAUAAUAACAUCAAAAGCGGCCUGGUCAAACUGAUAUGUAAUGAGCUGAAGACUCUGCUGGAGAAGCUGCCCAGGGAGGAAGGUGUGGAUAGUUCAGCUGUUAAAGUUGGAUUUGUUACCUACAACAAGGUGCUCCACUUCUACAAUGUGAAGAGUGCUUUGGCCCAGCCGCAGAUGAUGGUGGUGUCAGACACAGCUGAGAUGUUUGUCCCGCUCCUCGAUGGCUUCCUUGUAAACUACCAGGACUCAAGAGCUGUUAUCUACAACCUCCUGGACCAGAUCCCUGACAUGUUUGCAGACACCAAUGAGAGUGAAACGGUCUUUGCCCCUGUCAUCCAGGCUGGAAUGGAGGCAUUUAAGGCAGCUGAAUGCAGCGGAAAGCUCUUCAUCUUCCACUCCUCCAUGCCAACUGCUGAGGCUCCAGGCAAACUGAAAAACAGAGAUGACAAAAAGCUGGUUAACACUGACAAAGAAAAAACCCUGUUCCAGCCCCAGAAGAGUAUGUAUGAGCAGCUGUCUAAAGAGUGUGUAGCACAGGGCUGCUGUGUGGAUCUCUUUCUUUUCCCCAGUCAAUAUGUGGAUUUGGCCACCAUGGCUGACGUACCUUCACACACUGGAGGCUCUGUAUACAAGUACAACAACUUUGAGAUGGAGGCAGAUGGGGAGCAUUUCCUGAGAGAGUUAAGGAAAGAUUUGCAGAAGAGCAUCGGAUUUGAUGCCAUCAUGCGUGUUCGUACCAGCACAGGCUUCAGAGCCACAGACUUCUACGGUGCCAUUCAUAUGAACAACACUACAGAUGUCGAGAUGGCGGCUGUAGAUUGUGACAAGGCUGUGACGGUAGAAUUUAAGCAUGAUGAUACGCUCAGCGAGGAGACAGGGGCACUCAUUCAGUGUGCCCUGCUGUACACCACCAUUGGGGGGCAGCGACGGCUCCGCAUCCACAACAUCAGCCUGAACUGCAGUUCUCAGCUGUCAGAGCUGUACAAGAGCUGCGAAACGGACGCACUAAUCAGCUUUUUUGCUAAAUCAGCUUACCGUGCCAUUUUGAACCAGCCUGUAAAGACUGUCAGGGAUAUCCUGGUCAACCAGACGGCCCACAUGCUGGCCUGCUACAGGAAGAACUGUGCCAGCCCCUCAGGUGCCAGCCAGCUUAUCUUGCCUGAUGCCAUGAAAGUGUUCCCAGUCUACAUGAACAGCCUGAUGAAAACUGCCCCUCUGGUGGGGAGCACAGAGCUCUCCACAGACGACAGGGCCCACCAAAGGCUGUCCGUCAUGGGGAUGGGGGUGGAGGACACGCAGCUGCUGCUGUACCCACGCCUGAUCCCACUGCACAACUUGGACGUUAACAGCGAGGUGGUGCCUGCUCCUGUGCGCUGCUCAGAGGAGCGUCUCACAGACUCUGGAAUGUUUCUGCUGGAAAACGGACACUCCAUGUUUCUGUGGCUGGGCCAAGCAAGCCCACCAGACCUCAUCCAGAGCAUCUUCAACAUGCCCUCCCUCGCACACAUGCAAGGAAAUAUGAAUACGUUGCCGGAGCUCGACAACUCCUUAUCAAGAAAGGUCAGGUUUAUGAUCAGUGACCUUCUUGAGAAGCGGCCAAAUUCUAUGAAACUGCAGAUUGUGAGGCAGAGGGAUAAACCGGAGAUGCUGUUCCGUCAGUUCUUAGUGGAGGAUAAAGGCUUGCACGGCGGAGCUUCCUACAUGGACUUCCUUUGCUACGUUCACAGAGAGAUCAGGCAGCUUCUCACUUAA